AUGAGAAUUUGCGCUGGGCCGUUACGCGUGCAACAAAUCAAUGGAAAGAGAUUCCAUUCAACCUCGAUGUUUGUUCCGGCUCACGAACCGGCCCAGGAGAGCGAUUGCAGGCGCUUGGAAAAGUUUCUAGAGGACAAACCACACAUCCUAGUGCUCACAGGUGCCGGUAUAUCGACAGAAUCGGGAAUCCCAGAUUACCGAUCGGAAGGGGUAGGACUAUAUGCCAGAUCUAAUCACAAACCGAUACAGCAUGGAGAUUUCGUCAAAUCGGAAGCUACCAGGAAGCGCUACUGGGCACGAAAUUACGUCGGUUGGCCAAGGUUUUCCUCGAUUGCUCCCAACGUUACCCACUAUACUUUGGCGCGGUUAGAGCGUGAGGGUCGCAUAAGCGGGAUUGUGACGCAGAAUGUCGACCGGUUGCACGGGAAAGCUAACUCGAAACAAGUGGUCGAGCUGCACGGGAGUGGCUACGAAGUUAUUUGUAUUGGCAGCCAGAACGAAAAGGGCAAGGGUUGCGACUAUCGGAUCGAUCGGCAUGAGUUCCAACGCAUAUUGGACCAGCUGAAUCCUGCCAUGGAAGAUAAAUCGACCUCGAUGCGCCCGGAUGGUGAUGUUGAGCUAUCAAUGGAGUACGUGCAAGGGUUUAACAUCCCUCCUUGUCCACAGUGCGGCGGUAACUUGAAACCUGAAAUCGUAUUUUUCGGGGACAAUGUGCCUAUGCCACGAAUAGAAAAAAUAGUUCGUAUGAUCAUCGAAUCGGAUGGCGUGCUUGUUCUAGGGUCCAGCUUGACCGUUUUUUCCGGUUAUCGGAUUGUGCUGCAGGCCAAGGAACUAGGCCUACCGGUCGGUAUCGUCAACAUUGGUGCUACUCGUGGCGAUCCGAAGGCGGAUUUGAAGAUUUCUGCCAGAUGCGGAGAAAUUUUGCCGAAUUUAUUCAAGCCACGCUGAUCGAGCUGCUAAA